CGCUGUUUUUUUUCGUUACCUAUAAUUGGGCAGAAUUUUCAAAGAGGAUUAAUUCAGAUGGGGAGAGCUCGGUUCACGGUUUUGGGGAUUUUAAUCAUCAUUUUUCAGACUUUGACUUUAGUGUCUACUGAGGAUCCAAAAUGUCAACCUGGAUUCCAGUCAGAGUUGUUGAGUUUCACAGUGACCAGAAAGAACCUAAGAGCGGGCACGAGGCUGGGCAAAGUGGGCUUCACUGACUGCACAGACCGCACAAGAUUUCUUUUCAACAGUGAUGACAGCCGCUUCAUGGUACAGACAGACGGCACACUGAUGGUGAAGAGACAUGUUGUUCUUCAUGAUGGACACAUAGAAUUCUUCAUCCACUCCUGGGACUCACAAGGUCGCAAGAUGACAGUUCCUGUCAUGGUAGUGGACCACGGGCAUCACCAUGGGAAUCACCAUGGCAACCAUCACCAAAAUGAAGAGCAUCAACAUAGAGACCAUAAACACCACAACCAUCAGCAACACCAUUCUGAAGUAGACUCUGCAAAAACCACAGAGAGUGCAACUGAUCCAGUGGUGCCUGUUCUGCAUUUCCCCAAGUCUGGUGAAGGACUGAGGAGGAAGAAGAGAGAAUGGGUUAUUCCUACCAUCAAUGUUCCUGAGAAUGAGAGGGGACCAUACCCCUUAAAAGUAACUCAGAUCCGAUCCAAUGCCGAUAAACUAUAUAACAUGUAUUACGGCAUUACUGGUCCAGGAGCUGAUCAGGAGCCUGUCAACCUUUUCACCAUAGACGGACACACUGGUUUUUUGUACGUCACACAGCCACUGGACAGAGAAAGGCAGGCCAAGUACAUGUUUCAGGCACAUGCUGUGGCAGUGGGUUUAGGAAAUGCUGAGGAGCCCAUUGAAAUUAUCGUGAAUGUAAUUGACCAGAAUGACAACAGACCACUUUUUGACAAGGACACCUACUUGGGAGAAGUUGCUGAGGCCUCAAAAAUAGGUUCAGAUGUGAUUACGGUCACAGCCAUAGAUCUGGACCAGCAAAACCAUGACAACUCGGAUAUCCGCUACCGUAUUAUGAGCCAGAACCCAAAGUUGCCCAGCGAUGCGUUUGUCAUCAACCCAUUGACCGGAGCCAUCAGCCUCAAUGCUGCUGGGCUAGACAGAGAGCAAUACCCAAAGUUCACUCUGGAGGUAGAGGCAGCUGACAUGAGGGGAGAAGGGUUGAGUGCAGGAGCAACAGUAAUCCUCACUGUCACAGAUAGAAUAGACAAUAAUAAUCCAGACAGUCAGCCCUCGAGCGCAGCUGAUCCAGUGGUGCCUGUUCUGCAUUUCCCCAAGUCUAGUGAAGGACUGAGGAGGAGGAAGAGAGAAUGGGUUAUUCCUGACAUCAAUGUUCCUGAGAAUCAGAGAGGACCAUACCCCUUAAAAGUAUCUCAGAUCCGAUCCAAUGAAGAUAAAAUAAAGAAGAUUUAUUACGGCAUUACUGGUCCAGGAGCUGAUCAGGAGCCUGUCAACCUUUUCACCAUGGACAGACUCACUGGUAUUCUGUACGUCACACAGCCACUGGACAGAGAAAACCAGGCCAAGUACAUGUUUCAGGCACAUGCUGUGGCAGAAGGUGCAGGAAAUGCUGAGGAGCCCAUUGAAAUUGACGUGAAUGUAAUUGACCAGAACGACAACAAACCGCUUUUUGAAAAGGACACCUACUUGGGAGAAGUUGCUGAGGCCUCAAAAAUAGGUUCAGAUGUGAUUACGGUCACAGCCAUAGAUCUGGACCAGCAAAACCAUGACAACUCGGAUAUCCGCUACCGUAUUAUGAGCCAGGACCCAAAGUUGCCCAGCGACUCUCUGUUUAUCGCCAACCCCUUGACUGGAGCCAUCAGAGUCAAUGCUGGUGGUCUAGACAGAGAGAAAUACCCAAAGUACACUCUGGAAGUACAAGCAGCUGACAUGAAGGGAGAGGGACUGAGUACAACAACGAAAGUAAUCCUCACUGUGACAGAUAGUAAUGACAACGCUCCAGUCUUCACUCAGCCCUCUUAUGAGGUAACAGUUGCAAAAAAUAAUGUGGGUGCUGUGGUCCUUACCAUGUCAGUAACAGAUGGGGAUGAGCCACAUUCCCCAGCCUGGAACGCCAAGUUCAGGAUUGUUGAUGGUGAUCCUGGAAACAUUUUCAGUGUGAGCACAGGAGUUAACAAACAUGAAGGAAUCCUCACCACUGUAAAGGGUGCUGACUUUGAGAGGUCCGGCAAACACACUCUGAUGAUUGCAGUGGAGAAUGAGGUUCCUUUUGCUUUUUCACUCCCUACUGCCACCGCCACUGUAGUGGUGACUGUGGAAUACAUCAAUGAAGUUCCGUUCUUUGAUCCAGUGGAAAAGCUUGUGUCUAAACCAGAGGACCUUGCCAUCGACAGUGAGGUGGUGCGCUACACUGCUAAUGAUCCGGACAUUGCACGCAAACAGACAGUCUCGUAUAAGGUAGUUAGUGACCCAGCGGGCUGGUUGACUGUGAACAAAGACACGGGCGUGAUUACAGUGAAGAGCGCCAUGGACAGAGAGUCUCACUUUGUAAAGGACAACAAAUACACAGCACUCAUUGGUGCAUAUGACAAUGAUGAAGUCCCAGCCACAGGAACUGGUACCCUGAUCAUCCAGCUUGAAGAUGUUAAUGACAACGCACCCUCCAUUGUAGAACGUGAAUUCACUGUGUGUAACAAGGAAGGCACUCCUCAGUUGCUGUCAGUAAUAGAUAAAGACGGACCGGGCUUCACUGCUCCAUACAGUGUCUCUCUACAGGGCAUGAGUAAGGCUCACUGGACUGCUAGGAUGAACGACUCCAAAACAGGCAUCAUCCUGAAUAUGGCUACUGAACUACCAAUAGGAGUGUACCCUGUGGUCCUGAGGGUUUCCGACAAUGAGGGCAUGGAGCAGGACAGCAGCUUGAUGAUCACUGUGUGCAACUGCAAACAGGGGCGCUGCCAGGGAUUUCGGGCCCCGUGA